AUGUAUAUGCUCCACUUGGUGGGUUGUACUGUUUUCGCCAAUAAGAGUUCAACCAAUGUACAUGUCGUGCACCUGGAGGCUUUCAAGGACCUGGCCCAGGCAGGGGGAUUCGCCUGGGGGGCGGCUGCAUUAGUCCACAUGUACGACCAUCUGAAUGACGCGUCGCAGGCCUCUACACGGCAGCUGGGCGGUUAUAUUACACUUCUCCAAUGCUGGAUAUACGAGCACUUUCCUACAGUGCAUACAUCCGUCGUUGAUGAUGCUUAUGAUGAGGGGAGCCCAUGGGCCUACAGGUGGCUUACGGGUAAGGCUCAUAUUACGGGGAUCAAGGGAGCCCCAUAUCGGAGACGUUUGGAUGCCCUGAGUGUGACUGACGUGUGCUGGAUGCCCUAUGGUGAGCACCAGCAAGUCAGGUUUGGCUACCUUCAGACGGUCUCGCCGUCGCCGGUUUGUGAUUCUUUGACGGGUGAUGAUAUAGAUGACUGGUGGCUGAAUUUUCCAGACCAUUUGGUGCCUUCAGGGGAGCUCUGUGUAGUUCCUGGACAGGUGGUGGCAGACUACAUGGAGUGGUUUUUUCGGAUAUCGCACCCAUUCGUCACGCGGACCGAGGAGACUGCUGCGUCGAGACAUCCGCCUCCCCCUCAUCAUGAGGAGUUCGUCGAGCCACCCAUCCCCGAGGUUUCAGUCACGACCGAUCUCCCUACGCAUUCAGUGGUUCACUGUGAAGGAUGUCAGGGGAUGGCUCAGGAUUUAGGAGCGAUUGCUGAGGAUUUGGAGCGGGUCAUCAACCUCAGGAUGGUCACUGAGGGCACUAACAUACAUGACAUCAUGACUCGUUGUCUGAUGAGAUCUAGAGGUGACACCGUAGAUGGAAGUCUUAGGCCGCGCCAGAGACGCCGCAUAGAUUAG